AUGCAUGUUGCAGCAACUGAAGAGGACGCUACAAAAGAUCACCCUUGGAAAUUGAACUUUGACGGAGCCUCAAAUGCUGUGGGUGAAUGGGAUACGAGGGACUCCAAAUUGAUCAAUUAUCGAAGAGUAGUUCUAGGUUUAAUUGAGGAGUUUGAUGAUAUCACUUUCAAUUAUCUUCUGCGGGAUGAAAACCAGAUAGCAGAUGCUUUGGCUACUUUGGCUUCCAUGAUUAAAGUGAGCAAACAAAAAGAUGUAAAACCCAUUCAAAUGAGCAUUUACGAAGCCCCAGCUCCUUGUUAUAAUGUGGAAGGAGAAGAAAGAGAUGACCACCCUUGGUACCAGGAUAUAUUGCGAUAUAUGAGAAAUCGUGAGUAUCCUGACCAAGCAACGGAGAAUGAUAAAAGGACGUUGAGAAGACUAGCCUGUGAUUAUAUCUUAAAUGAAGAGAUCCAGUACAAAAGAAGAAAUGAUCAGGUACUAUUGAGAUGUGUGGAUGCAAAAAUCUUGGAAGAAGUUCACGAUGGUGUUUAUGGAAUGCAUGCUAAUGGUUUCAUAAUGGUAAGACAAAUUAUGAGAUUUGGAUAUUACUAG